AUGUCAGCUCAAGAUUACACAGACAAGUGUGGAGAUUUAAGUUUACAAAGAAAAGGAGAAGAUCAAAUUACAUCAGUUGAACAAACUCAAGGAGCAUCAACAUCACUAGAACAAAAUAUGUUGACCAAUACCAAUCAAAUUACAGCAACAAAUGAUCAACUUACAUCAUCAAAUGUGAUUAUAGGAAGAAUCAGAAAAGCAAAAGGGAAGCGAGUAGAGAAGAAAGAAGAGAAAGAUGAUGGAGAAGAAAGUUAUGAGGAAAGCAAAGAAGAGACCAGUCAUGGAAAUCAACAAGAAAAGAAGAAAACUAAGGUUAAUGCGGUAGAACAUUUGAUAAAUAGCCCAGUAGAAAGAGGAGUACUCACUGGUUUAGGUUAG